UUUAAGUUUGAAGAAAUAAUAAUAAGAAUGGAUACAAGAGAGAGAAGCAUUAGGGUUUUAAUGCUGCCAUGGCUAGCUCACGGCCAUAUCUCACCGUUUCUCGAGCUCGCCAAAUCACUCGCCGCCAGAAACUUCGUCACCUACAUCUGCUCCUCGCCGGUAAACCUCGCCUCCAUCAGAGAAACCCUCUCUCCAAAGCACUCCAUCUCCAUCAAACUCGUCGACCUCCACAUUCCCGCCACCGCCGACCUCCCUCCCCACCGCCACACCACCAACGGCCUCCCGCCGCACCUCAUGCCCUCUCUCAAGAGAGCUCUCGACAAGGCCCGGCCCGCCUUCUCCACCCUUCUCAAAACCCUUAAGCCCGACUUGGUCGUUUACGAUUUCCUCCAGCCGUGGGCGCCGGAGGAGGCCGCCCUGCAGGAUAUUCCGGCGGUUCUGUUCUUCACCACCGGCGCCGCCACUACUUCUCUCCUCCUGUACCACUGGUUUCGCGAGCCCGGAUCGGAGUAUAAUUACCCUUUUCCGGGCAUAUACUUCAGGGAGAACGAGUUCGGAAUCUACAGCCGCAUGAUCCACUCCGCCGGCGGCGAGACCAACGACGACGACCGGGUCAGAGACUGCGUCAAGAGAUCCUCCGAUGUUGUCCUGAUCAAGACAUUCGGAGAUCUCGAAGGGAAGUACGUCGACUAUCUCAGCCAACUCUGCCGGAAGAAAUUUGUCCCCGCCGGCCAUCUGGUUAAUCAAGAUAUUAAUAAUAUGAAGAAAGAUGACAGCUUAAUCGAAUGGCUGGACGAGAAAGAGCGGCGGUCGACGGUUUUCGCCUCGUUCGGAACCGAGUACUUCUUGUCGGAGAACGAAGUCGAAGAGAUAGCCUGUGGGCUGGAGAUGAGCGGGGUUAACUUCAUAUGGGUGGUUAGGUUUCCGGCGGGGGAGGGAAGAUCAAGAAUCGAGAUUGAGGAGAAACUGCCGGUAGGGUUUCUUGAAAGAGUGGGAGGGAGAGGGGUGGUGGUGGAGGGGUGGGCCCCACAGAGGAGGAUUCUUUCGCACCCGAGUGUGGGGGGGUUCUUGAGCCACUGCGGGUGGAGUUCGGUGAUGGAAGGGGUGUAUUCCGGCGUGCCGAUUGUGGCGGCGCCGAUGCAUCUGGACCAGCCGUUGAAUGCGAGGUUGGUGGUGGAGGCGGGGUUGGGGGAGGAGGUGGUGAGGAGUGGUGAGGGGAGGCUUGAUAGGGAGGAGGUGGCGAGGGUGGUGAGGAAGGUGGUGGUGGAGAGGAGUGGGGAGGAGCUGCGGCGGAGGGUGGUGGAGUUUGGAGAGAGGAUGAGAGAGAAAGUGGAGGAGAUUGAUGGGGUGGUGGAGGAGAUGGUGAGCUUGAAAAGGAAGGGAGGUAGAGAAGUGGGGAAAAAGGAGAGCAAGUAUUAA